ACCGGGUAUACAGGGCAGGCGACUGCGCUCUUUCUCCUCUCGAUGUUCGAGCGAGAAAACGCGCGGCGGCGGCGACGGCCGCUUUACGGGAGAGAAUAAUGCAGCACAGAAACUAUAAACGGGGAGAGAGAGAGAGAGAGAGAGAGAGAGAGAGAGAGAGAGAGCGGUGUCGGCAGCGACGGCGGCGGCGGCAGCAGCAGCAGCAGCAGCAGCAGCAGCAGCAGCACGAUAAACGCUCGCGCGUGUGCUUGGCAGCCGCACAUCUCCGCCGAGCGUCCGUUCGAGCUCGCUCGUCUCGCUGUGUUAUUGUUGUGGUGUUCGGCGACGCGCGUUCAGCAGGCGAUUGGCGGCGAACCAGAGUGGCACACCCGCGACAGACGCGCGUCGACGGAGCUUUUAAUGGAAGCUUCGGCGAGGUGGUGCAGUGCCGCUACGAACGAAGGAGGAGGAUGACAGCGACGCCCGAGCAAGCCAAGACCAACGCCGCGUCCGCCUGCUGCUGCUGUCGCAUCUGCUACGAGGACGGAUCGUCGGAGGAGCUGAUCGAGCCGUGCGAGUGCUCGGGCACCCUGGGCCUCAUCCACGCCAGCUGCCUGGAGAGAUGGCUGUCCACGUGGAACACCGACCGCUGCGAGAUCUGCAAGUACGGCUUCGCCGUGGAGCGCAGGAACAAGCCCCUCGCCCAGUCGUUCUGGCAGUGGUGGCGAACGCGCGGACUGUACGGACCGCAAGGCGUGACGGGGGACGCGGUGUGCCUGGCCGUGCUGACGCCGCUGUGCUUCGCGGCGACCUACCUCUGCGGCAUCGGCGCCGCGGCGUACGCGAGGCUCGGCUUCUGGGAGGGCAGCGGCCUCGGCGUGCUCUGCUGCAUGCUCGUCGCCACCUACUUUCUCUGGUUCUUCGUCACCAUCAGAUUCCACUACAGGUCGUGGAGGACGUGGCGUAUGCGUAACCAAGACGUCCGACUGCUGGCCAAGUCGCGAGGAGUCGCCGAGGCCGAGCGCGGCAAGUCCCGGGCGAAGGUGGACCCGGCGCGGACCGGGGGCGCCUGCUGCGCCCGAAUCCUCGGCUGGUUUCACUAUGGCCCGAGCGACCAGCCGCUCUACAAUCUCCAGCAGCAGACCACCUUCGUGUGAUCGUGCCUCUUGUCCACCGCGCGUCUCCCCCUUCCUGCCUCGCUCCACGGCGAUUGUCGUCGCGCGCAAAGUGGCCGAUCGCCGAACGGCGCCCGUAAUCUUAACGUCGUCACAACCAAAAAAUCAAGUUUUCAUGGUACGCGACAGAGACUGCUCGCUAGUUGAUCGUCCUAAUUCGUAAGGGGAAAACAAUACUCCCGGUCGUAUGUUCGAGAAGCUGUACGUCAAGUGUCAUUUUAUUGUAGACUCAUCGCUGCGCAAACCAUAUCCGAUGAAAUAAAUAAUCUUUGUUUUUUUACAUCACGAGCGGC